GAAGAUCUGAAGCCUGAAUUUCGACUUAAGGUUGCCGAGUGGGAAGUGCGGAAGGCACUUGCCGGAUUGGGUACCACAAAUAUUGAAGAAAUCCGCAAAUUGAUGCCAGAUGAUUUCAACAAAAAGCUUCAACAAUGGGAGACCAAAAAACAAGCAUCUUGUGGACCGAGUCUAGCCGAAGUGGGCUCAAAAAGCUCGAGGUCACCCAAAAGCCAGAACAAGAAGAGUGGAAACGAUGCCAUGAAAAGGAACACAGUCGAUUCAGAUGGAGAUGGAGAUUUGCCUUGGAUUGAAAGAGAACUCCGAAAGAUCCAACGAGAGCAGGAAAACCUUGAUCUCGACCGAGCCAAGUUGCAAAAAAUGCGUCAAGCUAUCAAGAAACCGGAACCGUGGCGAGAAAUAACCGUGAAGACUUCCACUGGAGAGGAGUUCAGGUUUGGAGGAAUAUCAGAAACAUUUACGAGAAAGCUGUACGAGUGGGAGCAGAGAAAAAAGAUCCCUCUUGAGUGUUCAUCGUUAGCAUUGCUUGGCUCUGAAUCGGCAUGCAAAAUAAUCAGCGACUCCAACACAACUCUACCAUCCCAAGGGCUCCCAAGAUCGAAAUCCGAUGGAAGUCUGGUGGACAGUUGUUCCACCAAAACAGCGGAGGAAGCCGAGGGAUUCAAAGAUGAUGAAAUCGUCCUACCCAAGCAAUUGAAAUGUCAUUCGAGAUUUUCGGUUGAUAACGGAGGAGUGGUUUUGGAGAAUCUGUGUCAUUUGCCAAUUCGUCUUCAAACUUCGGAACAUUCAACAAGUACUCCAAUGAUCUCGAGAAAGUGCUUAUUGCGGCUUCAAAUUCCUGCCAAGAAAUUGACAAACCAGAUUGAAGUGCUUUUAGCCCAAGAGGAAUCACCUAAUGAGGGGGUGAGGGUGCCAAGCACUUUUUUUGAAACUAUUCGUCAAUNAAAUCAUACAACCUCACCUGUUCACGAAAACUAUUAA